CAUCCUGCCUCAGCCUCCCAAGUUGCUGGGAUUACAGAGUCCCGGCACAGACCCGGCACCAAAGGAGCAGGGCAGAGCUGGGACUAGAACCAGGACUUCCUGGGCGCCUGGAUGUCACUCCGCCGGACCGCAGCCAGGGAGACGAGCCUGCUGGGCGUCACGGCGUGCAGAGUCCCAUCUGUCUCCUUAGCAGCCCACGUGGGAGCAUUCCCCUUGGUCUUCAGGUUCUGCGGCUGCCUCCGCCGUCGAUUCCGCAGGUGGCCACUGGGUGGCGCGGCCGCCCGCGCGUGCUGGCUCCGCAGUAGCUCCUCCGGGCCGCUCAUCACACCUUCAGUCCGCCCGGACCCCAGCUCGCAGCCGGACUUCUGGAGGCGCCUUUCGGGAGCCUGGGCAGAGGCUCCUGGGGCUGGGGGACCAGAAGGACCUGGGCCAGGAGCUGGGUCGCUUGGAGAGGGGCCGCGCCUUUGGGGGGUACAAUGGGCUGGACGAUUGCCAUGGGACAGCAGAGGAGAAAAGGGUCUUUACGCUCCGACAAGUGAGUUGGGGAGGGGAUCUUCCUUAUGUACAGACACACAGCGCUUUCUGGGCACCAGGAACUUUACAAAGGUUGACCAGUUUAAUCCUCUGGACAACUCCGCAGACCCCAAUUUACAGCCGAGGACGCUGAGGAACAGGCUCCUUGUGAGGUGUGUCCUCCUGAAGCUCCUGUGUUCCCUGACACCUCAGCUGCUGCCAGUAGUCCCCAGCCUGACGCUGCACACUGCCGCCCACGGGAUGCAGCUCCCUCGCAUCCGUGCUUCCCUUCUUGUUCGAAGCUACUUCUGUCUGCAGGGGAGCAUCCCUGAGGCGAGGGGCCCGGAAGCCUUGUGA